GAUGCGAUUCGAGGAGAUAAGUGACCACGUAUAGUAUCAGGUUCGAUAUUAUAAUUCACUCAACGCAGUGUUCCCUUUUAUUGCGUUUGAUUCUAGUUUAGUUUUUUCUAAUUUGGAGACGAUAAAGCCAAAACAAACGAAAGUUUAUUACCAAGGAAGCACAUCAGUUAAUCUGUCAUCAAACGGUAGCAGGUCACCAACAGGGGAAGAUGGCGACAAAAGGCAAAGAGCAACCCGCCGAGCCGAACCAGCAGCACACAAAGCGGGACAAAGCAUUAGUGUUUGAACUGAUGAACGGAAUUACAGAUCAAAGUUUCAUGAAGAUCAAGUUUUACCUUACGAAUAAUCCGAUAGCAGAAAGAGACCUACAAGAUAUGAAUUCCCCGAGUGAUUUCAUGAGCUUAUGGCAACUUCUGCUGCAGAAACGUGUUAUACGCCCUGGGAAUUAUGAGCUGAUCAAAGAAUGCUUCGAGAUGAUAAAAGAAGAAAAUCUUCUUCGGAUAGUAGAAAAAUACGAAGAAAGCUUUACCCCGGACUGCCCUACAUAUGUCAAGCGUUCAAUAUCACCUCCAAAGAUGGUGUCAAGAGACAGAAGGACGUCACCAACAGUGCCAGCAGCGGGACCAGCCAAAGCAAUGGAGCAGGCGGACGCAAAGAUUUCUGUCGAAGUAGAAGAAGGUGACAACACUGGGAAGGGCGUUGGUUUGAACCAAAUACCCGGACACUCCGAAAAGGAAAGGCCAGGGAAGACGAUUGAAGGAAACACGAGUGAUAGAAGAAGCCUUCAUUUCAAUGAAAAACAAUCUGAGCUAUUGAAACAAUUAGGACUUUCCGAGUAUUUCCCAAACAAGCUGUCCUUGCAAAAUCUGAUGUGUAAACCAAUUCCUAGGGAAGAGAACGGGUACUGUAUCAAAGAAUUAGCGUGGGUAAUGUUGCGUAGGCUGGUUAUGAUUAACUACAAUGGGCGUGACUGCGAGUUACCAAUGCAAGGGUCGUCUGAGCAGGGAAACGAGUCAUUCGAAGAUUCUUCAGACGAUUUUUCGCGAUUUUUAGACACACUUGAUUAUGGUUCACCAAAGUGUGACAGUGUUCAGGAGAACCUACAUCCGAUGGAUGUGUUCCUGACCUUGUUUUCAUGUUGUGACCUGCUACUCAGACAGACACUGGUACAGAAGAUGUACAUGUGUCGUUUGGCUAUACCAUUUCUUAUACAAGAUGCUGUCAGUGGCAUCUUUCAGAUUUGUCUCUGGAGCAUGAGAACCAUUGUUACUGAAUGGCGCGAAUCGCCAAAGAGUGUCAAAGAAGCUUCCAUCGUGAAUUACCCACUGGAUAUCGUUUCAUUCAUCAAAAUGAAAGAACCAUCCAUUUUGAAGUCAAAACUGAUGAAUGACGUCAUCAGUGACCAGAGCCAUCCGACUUUCUUCCAUGGUGAUUGCAUUGGUGGAAGGCGUAAACGACAGUUGGCCACUGGCAUGGUCGAGGCUGCGUGGAGUCUUCCAUCAGAGAAAUCUGACAGCUUCGCACAAAAGCCAACCAUGUUUCUCAAUCUGAGAGGUAAUUCCAUUGAAAAACGCAAACAACUGCGGAUGUUGGCAACUAUAUCGUCAGCAGUCGUUGUUCUCAUUGAGUUUGCAGACUUGCUAGAUGACGAUGCCCUCAAGACACUCAAAAGUAUUCACGGGACAAAUAACCAAGUCAUGUUGGUAGUAACGUGCACACAGGCAAAUAUUCCCGAAAGAACCAAGAUGCAGAAAACCUUUCUUGAAUACAAUACCGAAACAAAUAGCCAGUUGAAACCGCGCAACGUGGUAUUAUGCUUCCACAAGGGAAAUCCCCGAAGCUGCAGCGAAAUCACGCGUGAUAUAAGGUCAAGGAUCACACAGAUUCUUAUGACCGCAGGUCAGAGAACCCUUGAGGGAGUUUGUUCUCUUGUGAAGAAGCAAGGUAUUUCCAUUGAUGAGGACGACACUGACUGCCAGCGGGGAAAGGCUCUUGCUGAAAAGAUAACAUAUCUGAUGAAAGAUAGAUCACUCAAGGACUGUAAAGAGGAGAUGCUGCCCCUGCAGGGAAAGCUUUGGUUGAAGUGGAGUGAGCAUCAACGCAAGCAGCUACGAUCAGGCACCAAGACGAAUCCUUCAACUUUCAACGAGAAACUUCGCCUGCAAGACGAGAAGGCAAAAUAUCGCAUGAAGCAACUCGAGCGCUUCAAAUACAGACAUGAGUUGAUGCAACAGUUCACUGAGAGUCUUCAUGACAACAUUGAUAACCUCAAAACGGUGUCCUUCCUUUUACAAUGGCUGCGUCUCUACUUCGACAGCAGGUCAAGGGAAACCCUGCCAGCAUUGAGACAGCAAUACUUGGAGUGCUGGACCCGUUUCCGUGUAGUGAAGGGGAAAGAUGACCGAGCAGCCGACCUAGAUCAACUAAAGCAAGAUAUAGACGUUGCCGGACAAAACCUCCUUGAUGCCUCCUUUGGACUCGAGCACCUUCUGCGAGAGGCUGGCCAGAUCUACGAAGCAGCCUUUGAAACAGCUGAAAAGCAGAGUCAAGAUGUUCGCAACCGCCUACCAAAUUAUCCAGUGAUGGCGGCUAAGUUGUUACUUCAAGGACAGCCGAUAGAGAUAAUGGAUGGCAAUGCAUCUGUUGUACCACUUUGCUGGAUAAAGGCAAUCUUCAGAAGUUUGAGGGAAGUUGCUGGCAACAAGAAAAUCUUUGUUAUUUCAGUUCUUGGAGUUCAGAGCUCUGGUAAGUCAACGCUCCUCAACACAAUGUUCGGUCUCCAGUUCCCCGUCAGCGCUGGGCGGUGCACUAGGGGGCUUUACAUGCAACUUUUCAGUGUUGAUAGGAAUCUACCAUACGAUUACAUAAUGGUGAUAGACACAGAGGGACUGCGAGCCCCAGAACUUGGUACAGAUGAUUACAACCACGACAACGAGCUAGCAACAUUGGUCAUAGGAUUGGGAGAUGUCACAAUCCUGAACAUAAAGGGUGAGAACAUUGCUGAGAUGAAGGAUGUGCUACAAAUAGCAGUCCAUGCCUUCCUCCGAAUGAAGAUCGUAAAUAGGAACAUCAAACUGCAACAGUCCUGCAUCUUUACUCACCAGAACGUCGCUGGGGUUGCAGCCAACGAGCAGAUGAUACAGGGAAGACACCAGUUGCUUGAGAGCUUGGACGAAAUGGCCAAACAAGCUGCCAUUCAGGAAAAUAUCACUGAUGUUAUGACCUUCAAGAAGGUCAUAGACUUCCAUGAGGAAAAGCAUGUCUGGUAUUUUUCUGACCUCUGGCAAGGUGAUCCACCGAUGGCUCCGACCAAUCCUGGCUAUAGCAAGAGGGUUCAAGAGGUCAGGGAUUGCAUCAUGAAUGAUAUAGCUCUGAAGAAAGAGAGGUUCCUAACAUUCGAUGACAUGGAGACUCACAUUGAAGAUCUUUGGAAUGGAAUUCUAUCUGAAGAUUUCGUCUUCACCUUCCGUAGCAGCCUUUCAAUCAAGGCGUACGUCAAACUGGAAGGCUUCUUCAGAGAAAUGUCGUGGCAGCUCAAGAAUCAUCUUACUGCUUGGCUUCAGGAAACAGCUGAGAAGAGGCUUGACGAAUGUGAGAACGAAGAAAACCUGAGAGAGAAAUGCAUUGUUAUGGUUGCCGAUAUGGAGAGCAUUUGCCAUGAGAAAGUUGAAGAAUGUGAAAAACAACUCAAUAACUACUUUGAGGAGGACAAUCUGAGGUACAUAUCAAUCCAGUGGAAAGAGGAGAAGAAGUCAUCCCUGCAUAGCACAGCGCAGAUCUGUCUGAUUGAAGGUCAAGAAGAAAUCAAGAGGUUAGGAGAUAACCGAAGGGCUGAUCUAGGGUCUAACAGAAAAGACAUCGAGCACUUGAUACAGGAAAAAGCGAAUGACCUCUCGAGUAGCCUGAAGGGUAGAUCCAUGACAGACAGUGAAAUACGGGAAGACUUCGACAAAAUGUGGCAAGGGGUUAUGACGAACCUGAACUUGAAAAAACCGAGGGAUUGUAUGAUGAAGAUUGCUGGCGAUGUAGAACAAGUACUCCGAGAAAGGUUUAGCACGGAUGGAAUCCAUUUACGGCCAGAGCUGGCUGCUCAGCCAAUCCACGAAACAGUAAAUGCAUACACCAGCCUUCUUGACAGUAUGGUGGAUAUCCAGCUGACCAAAGACCACCUCAGUGUUGUGCAGAGUCCAACAUUUGACCUGGGAGGCUAUGAGGAAGACCCCGAUGAGAUCAGCAAACAACUCAGCUUUGCAUGGACGACCACUGAUACUAUUAUGAGAAAGACUGAACUGAGUCUGUCGGAAAUAUGCUCAAAAGACAACAAGUUUCAGCGUAGAUUUGUAGAACAGAUUGUCAAGCUGGUGGCUGAUGGUAUCGAAAGUCACAAUCGGGACGCUGCAGGCACUAGUGGUCAUUUCAUGUUCCUACCACACUUCAAAGUGAAGCUAACUGUCCAUGUAUGCAGAUAUGCCACACAGCAGUUUGUCCAUAUGCAACGGACAUAUGAGAACGAGCACGGCCUACUCGGCAAGCUUGACAAUUUCGAGAAACGUCUCUGGCAUGAGUUUGAGAGUACUGUCCGUAAUCGAGAAGCUGAAAUCAUAGCAGCGGACCUGAUGGGUGCCCUGCUCAAUGAUGCUAUUAGCAGAAUGAUACGAAUAGAUUUGCCCUUGAAAAUGAUCAGUCACACACGCCAAUACUUCAACGACGACAAAUUCUUCUUGAUGACAAAGGUACUGGAAGACCUUGCAGAGAAAGAUAACUUUGGUUACUACAGUUCGUUCAUUCGAGAUUCUGCAUCCUAUGCCGAACUCUGGUUUAAGCGUUUCAUGGAGAAGAUGUACUUUCCAAAAGACGACGAGAGAGCUUAUGGAGGUCCUGACGUGGUGGCUGAGGUUGAGCAACUAGAAACCAGUGGUAAAAUGGGCUGUGGAAAGGAACAUACUCAUGAAUACCUGAAACUCCGCGAGCUCUGGGUUCGUAACAUCUUCCUGAUUUUUGAAAAUGCAUUCGAUGCUACACUCACCUAUAUCCAAAUCGAGGAUAACCCUACCAUCGAGCAGUGGAUCGGUAAGUUACGUUCGUUUCAGCUGGGUCUCUCUGAGCAGGGCUUGUUCGAUAUAAUCAAGUACAGGGUGACUGACUUUAAAAAUCUCCAUGUCGAACUGCAAAAACGCAUCGAAAAUAUCAGGAAGAAGAUACGGGAAAACAUCAGGCUUACAAAAGCUAGAAGUUACAAGUGGGAGGGCCCGGAGACCCCGUUCAAAAUGGUGUUUGACAAACUGUGGGGAUGCAAGAAACAAUGUCCUUUCUGUAAUGCCCCCUGCAGGUGGCUGAGUGACCACAAACAACGUCACCAAUGCAUACAACACCGACCAGAAGGAAUCAGUGGCCAGAAGUUGCUGCAGACGCGUGAGCUACUGACUGAAACGUGCAACUACAAUGUCCAAUCGACUCGCUCCUUUAGGUGCAUGUGCAGGCCUUGCAGGCCUUGCAGACAACAGGGCCCCGAACCAGGUGUGGAGGUGUGGCACAAGUACCGCGACUACAUUGACUACUACCCAGACUGGGAGAUCGCUCCAAAUCCUGUCCCAGACUCGAACGAGUACUGGAUGUGGUUCAUGGCAAGGUACCUUGAGAAACUGACAGGGUUUCAUGGGGCAGAGGACAUGCCAAAGCUAGAUGAAAGAUGGUAUAAAAUCACCAAGGUACAAGCUAUCCAAAGCCUCCACAAGUACAAACAUUGAAUCGGAGGUAAUAAACUGAAUUGGACAAUCUGUGCCUGUAUGUGUGGCUGGUCGUUAGGCUGACCAUGCCCUGUUUCCAUACAAACUACAGGUAUAUGGCACCAACAAUUCAUUACAAUGAUUCCCCGGAAGAUUUAUGGCUGAAAUCCACGAAGUCAAGUAAAAUGCUCCCUGGCAUAGUACUCAAGAAAACUUAAACAGGUGCGGAUC